AUGUCUGACAACCGCCGGGACGUCUCAUUCCAAGCUUUUGAUGGAGUUGCCCUUAAAGGCUGGUUUUUCCCGGCUACUUCAGAAAAAGGUCCAUGUAUUAUUAUGACUCAUGGGGUCACAGCUCUCAAAGAGCACUUUAUUGAUGGAAUGGCCCUGGAUUUCCAAAAAGCAGGAUUCAAUGUUUUACUCUAUGACAAUCGUGGAUUUGGAGAAAGCGGCGGUCGCAGAUAUGACGCAGACCCUGUCAAAGCACAAGAUGACUACAUUGAUGCCUUUGACUAUGCCACAUCUAUUGCAGAGGUUGAUCCUGAGAGAAUUGUCUUUUGGGGGCCUAGUCUUGCUGGAGGAGUUGCCAUAUCCGCUGCGGCAAUUGACCGCCGAGUCAAGGCUGUUAUUGGCCUCGUGCCCUAUGUAUCGGGAGAGCUUUUAAUGGGGACUGGUCAACCACUUCUUGAUAUGGCCGAACGAGAUCGUGCCAUAAUCCGUAAAGGAGAAGAAUGGCCCCUCUCCCGCGUCGUUGCCUCCACUAUUGAAGAGGCUGAGGCUGGAAGUGCGCCGGUAUUGCUGCGAGAUACGACCAGCUUCCGCUUCUUCCAAGACGCAACUGCGCAAGGUGGUAACUGGGAAAAUAAAAUCACCACGAUUUCCCUUUUCCGAUUCCUUCGAUUUGAGCCAAUUAGGUAUAUCCAUCGGAUCGCUCCUACACCCCUCUUGAUGGUUGUGGGGGAAAAGGAUGAGGGUUUGUUCUCGCCUCAAUUGCAGGCAUUUGGACUUGCGCAGGGACCAAAAGAGAUUCAUAUAUUGAAAGGUGGUAAUCAUUUCAACCAUUACCAUGGGGAACUACGCGAAGAGAGUCUUGCAGUUCAGAUUGAGUUCUUGAAAAAAUAUGUGUAG